AUGAAUAUUAAGGUGACCGAGUCGGCCGGGUCCCGCCACACCGCAGCCACCGUGGUCGGCUGGGGAAACGUACGGGCCGUGGUGUUCGUUGCAACAGUCAUGUUUGCGGCCCAGCUCGCGGCCGCGCAACAGGUGGCGUUAAAGGCGGGCCGCUUGCCGCGCGUCUACAACGCCCUGAUCACCACCGAUCAGCGUCUGUUGCCCAGCCAAGCGGAACCGAUCGUCACGCCCGUGUUCCGUCCGCUCCAGUUCCUCUACCAAUGGCCCGAAGUGAGGUACGCGGCAGCCCCGUCGUACCCGUCGUCGCGGUCGGAUGUGGAGUCGACUGGUACCGACGACGGAUCGUCCGGACACGAAGUGUCACGGCCCGUCGCUACAGCGGUCUUCGAGAACAGCAGGCCCGCGGACUCUACGGUCGUCAAGAACAACAGGCCCGUGGACGCUACUGUUGUUAAGAACAACAGGCCGGCAGACUCUUCGGUACCGGACGUACCGCCGCCACCACUUCCGGUCACGCGCGGCCAGGACGGUGCCGUCAAGAAGAGACCGGAAGAGUAUCCGCCCGCACCCGGUGGUUUCGCCAUUUGA